GAAGCGUGACACAGAAAGACAAGAGGAGAGGAAGUGGAAAGCAGCAGCAGAGUUCAUCCAAAAACAGUAAAUAUCUCCUUCACCGACGGGUUUCCACGGAAUCGUCUCACCAUGACUAACAGCUGCCUGAAGUGUUUAAAGUACACCAUGUGUGUUGCCAACUUCCUUUGUUUUAUAUGCGGCGUGGCUGUGAUGGGCUUUGGCAUCUUCAUGAUGGUCAACUUCAAACUGGCGGCUCUCACGCCUUCGCUGGCCAGCUUUAAUGUUGCCAACUUGCUGCUCAUCAGUGGCAUCGUCAUCACGUGCGUUUCCUUCCUGGGCUUCCUGGGCGCUCUGAAGGAGAACCGCUGUCUACUGUUGACGUUCUUCCUGAUGCUCUUCUUCCUUCUGCUGGUGGAGCUGACAGCCGCCUGCUUGCUUCUGAUGCACGAGCACCAGAUCUCUGCGUGGGUGGAGAAGGACCUGAACGAAGGUUUGGCGCAAGCAAAAGGAAAAAAACCGGAUGAGUUUCUCAGCGAAUGGGAUCUGGUUCAGGAAACGUUUGAUUGCUGCGGGGUUCACAAUGUGUCAGACUGGGGGGACGUUCCCAACGUUCCCAAAUCCUGCUGCAUCUCCCAAUGUUCAAUGUACAGAUCCAAGGGCUGUUUGGACCGGCUGAAAAACUGGUUUGAAGAAAAUUUCCUCAGCACUGGGAUUUCUGUCAUUGUGCUUUGCGUUAUCGAGGUGUUGGGGAUGUGCUUCGCCAUGACGCUCUUCUGCCACAUCAGCAGCUCUGGGCUGGGCUACAAGUUGUAGAGGAAGGUGUCCCAAUAUUGCGUAGCAUCAGUUGUUCAAUACGGCUGACUUUAUGACGUUUGGCACAUCUUGAAGCUUGAAGGUUGGCUUGUUGACUUGAUCAUUCACACGUUCAUGCAUCUUUAAUAAAUAGCCUCCAUUUUGUCUCUUAUGAUAUAAUAUGCUUAAUAUGUGUCUUCCCCUUUUUAAUAUCGUUUGGUGAUAAAAAAAAUAAAUGUUGGUUCCGUUCCCAUUCACACUAUGAAAUAUGGCAAAGUUAUUUCUUUUUGUAACCAAAUUGAUUGUCAGCAGUUCCUAUGGAUUCUUAAAGUACAUCCAAAAGUAUUUGUUCCUAGAGUACACCAUCAGUACUCUGUCACAGGUUAAGAGUUUUAGCCCAUAUUAGGGAUUAUUGUGCCUGCUGUGAGAUCUUUCAAACUUGAAAAACAGCACCAUCAAGUCAAAAUGCAUAUUUAAGCAGGAAACAGCACAAUUUAUGAAAAAAACAGUAUUUUUGAAAAUAUAAUGACAUGUACUAAG